AUGUCGCGUCUCGCGGCAUCUCGUAUAAUGCACGUAGGUAGAGGAAUUGGAGAUGUAACACCAUAUGGAAAACGUAUGGACCGACUGAGCAGAAGAAUUUUUGGUGAUGUUGUUAGGACUACGGAUACUAAGAGUAUGAAAGUUGUUCGGAUUAUGUCUGCCGAGCCGUAUGAGACAAAAGAACAACUUUCCGUUAAGUACUAUCCUAAUCUCCCCAUGUUCCACUAUCUCACUAAAAUGCUUCGAUUCCAUGGCUUGUUGUUUGAUGACCACGUCGUGUUCAGACAAGUCCAAGACGAUUUGAAAAUUCUACGAGGAAAAGUUGUUCGGCCUCCUAUAGGACAAGGAAAACGUGCAUUGUUGAGAGGAAAGAAAUAG